AUGGCAAUCAAAAGUCCCCUAAAGAGGGAUUGUCCCUUCCCAGUAGCCCCAACAGCAGUAACGGCAGCACCACAUGGAGGAGGAGAGUCAACGGGGGCCGUUGUGGCUUCACGUGCUCUGCCGACUCUUGUAUUUGCGGCGGGCUGGAAUCCUGAGAGUUUUCUAGACGAAAAAGCAGAUGCAAAUGCUGCCCAGAGCCGCUCCAGCACGGCAGCCACAUUGCGGCAAAACCAAGACUUGAUUGGCCCCGGAAGCGCAGCGUUGCUGCAUGCGUCUCAUGAAGAACCCCGUUAUAGUGGUCUUCUGGCUUCGUUCGACGAGGAUAUGGAAGACUUGAUACCUUCGGCAGAGGCUGGGGAGCUGCCCGUGCAGCACUGGCUGCACGAAGAACAAAAGCUCUCCCUUGAGGUAGGACUGGGGAAAGGCGAAGACCAGUAUGUUCAUGAGCUGCCUCCGAGCGAUCUCUCUGGCCUCCAAGUGGAGAAGACGGAGCCUAAGGGCGAGACGGCAGCAGGCGCCAUCAGCAUUUUCCAGUGGGCUGCAGUGUGCCUGCGCGAGUAUCUCAAAGAGUCAUUUGGCAGCUGGGAUGUCUUACUACAGCAGAGCUGCAGCAGCAGCAACCAGCUGUUUCCGUCAUUUUUCCUUCUGAACAAGCAGCGGCAGGCCGCGCUACCAGACCAGCGCAACAGACUGCCUCUUCCAGCCCAAUCGGCAUUCAUUGUUUACACGCUGCUGACACAUUUGUACAAGGUAUAUAACCAGGUGCCGAGGCCGGUGCAGCGCGCAGUGGCCUCUGUGGCUGCGUUUUUAAAUGGGAAGGAGAUGCUGCUUAUCCCAGCUGCAGUGGUGCCCAUGGAGCUGUACAUACACCUGGCAGGGGAUGCCUUGCCUGGGCUGUCGGAAGCCCGUGGGGAAGCAGAGGAGGCAGAGCCGCGCACCUCAGCCUCCGAUCCCACCAGUGCCAAAGCAAAGAAACAGCGAGAGCUUGCAGCGCUACUCCAAAGCUUCUCGCUUCGCGUACUAGACUCGGAAAAUCCUCAGUCGCCUUUGACUGCUGUGGACCGAAUGGUUCUGCACGAGCUGGCCUCUCGACUCCUUGACGAUCUAGCGGACCCCCUUUUUCGUUUUGGCGCAGCCCCCGACUACAUUCCACCGGUUCGCCUGAUUGCAGAAGCUAGGCAAAUGUCCGAAACAGUUAAGCACCUCACGCAACAAAACGGACAGGGCAUGGUAAAGGCUUUCUCGGAGAUAAAGGGCAUCGCUUCGAUUCAGAAUAAAGAAGCAGAAGUAACAAAACCACACGUCGAGCCCCCGCCUUCGACACGACACCCCGCGGCUUCUAACCAUCAAGAAAAACCUUCUGAAUCGGUGGACUCAAAGAGUCUCAAAGAAGAAGAAGCAGAAGAAGAAAGCGAAGAACGGGCGGCAGAGAAGGAAGAAACAGGGAGAGGCGAGGGAACCAGCUCUCCCCAGGGGGUCACAACCGAAGAGUUGGCGCAUAUUAAAUCCGAAGAUUCGGAGGUGCAUGACGGUUACACGGAAGCGCACAGGCUUUCAAAUGCUCCAGAAAAGCCCCUAACUCUGGGCGGCGCAGCAAGAGUCGAUGCAGCUGUUGCUACCUUAAAGCCUACUCUUGAAAACGGGAAGAAGUCUGUACAAGGGGGAACAGCGCUAUCGAAAGGCCCGAGCACAGCGGACGAUGAGAGAGAGGAAGCAAUGGAAGAGCAAGAAGAGUCGCUGCAGGCUCAAGUAGCUCCAAGGCCAUCUACACAUGACGGCCAUCAAGCAAGCAACGCAACAGAAGAGCAGAAAAAGCCACUUUCGCUAGGAGGUGCAAUGAAAAUUGCGGCGGCCGUCGCUGCUUUUAAACGCAGACGCACCACGAGAAAAGGGGAUGAGGCAAAAAUAAAAGAGCAAGGAAAGGCAGUUCAUCAGACGGAGGAAGAGAAAGAGGAGCAAAUGACAAUAGAAAGCCGAAGUGGCCAAGAGACGGCGCAUAAAAGACACUUUGAUGAAAUAGAUGAAACAGCAGUUGAGGCACAGGAGGUAGGACAAGAAGGAAAGGUCCGUUCCCUUGAAAGAGCCAUGAGCACAGGAGCUCACAAAAAGCUCUCUUUCCGAGCCGCUGCAACCGUGGCCGCAGCAGCCGCGGCUUUAAAGCGGAGGCUAAAAACGAAGAACGGAACACCACAGGGGCAAGCAGAAAAAGGCACAAAUAAGGAGACAAUCAACGAGACCGAUGAAACACAUGGAGAUAUCAACAAGAAAGAGGCAACAGCAGGAACCGAACACGAAAUGCACAAAGAGAAGCAGCUCUGUAGGGGGCAAAAACCCCUGUCGCCAAAAGAGCAGUUUGCAGCAGAGUUUGAAUCGUUACCGCCGGGGAACUCCAGAUCUUCUGUCUUAAAGAAGUCAGCGGCAGUUUUACGGGAGACAGAAAUGAGAGAACGGGGUGCCGCAUGGACAGACAGCUACCACCUUCUCUUGGACCGCAUUGCACAAACAACCGGGAAUGAAGAGUUUUCAAAAAGUCUCAAAGAUCAACUGCUGGAGUCGAACAAGCUGGAGGCACAGCUACUACGCCUUUCUGAUGCAUAUACUAAAGAGUUCCCGACAAAUUCAAAGACCGAGGCGCAUUCCGUUCCCCUUAGUGCGUUUAUUGAGGCAAAGAAAGACCGCAAAAGGGAGAAGGAACUAGCGCACGAUGCCGCGCAGCUGCUUCAUCAAAUCGCGGAACAAAACCUCAUGGGCCUUAGACGGCUAGCACUGUGGAUAGAAUGCUGUAACACAAACAAAGAUGCCGACAAAAUUAACAGGCAAGAAUGGGGAUUCGACAUUGCACCCAACGCAUCUAUGGACAAACGACUUGUGAGUGACAAACGUUCCGUCCGUUACAUGUCUUGGGCUCUUACGUGUCGUUUCGGUUUAAGGCGUACCGCCCUGGGACGUGCAUGUGUUAAAGCAGCCAUUUGUGCUCUGCCUACUUCUCUUGCUUGUGGCGUAUUGGCUGCCCAUAUCACUAAAGGUGUAGCUGUAAAUACGUCCCAUCAUUUCUUGGGUGAAUUGGCUGUGUCCCUUGCAGGAGAAGUGCAUAAAUAUGGAACUUGGUGUUUGGCUAUUGCAGAUUUCUCCGAUGCUUCAAUUUGUUUGAUGCAACGAGGGUUCAUGGAGCUCUUAUUUCAUGACCGAGAGGGUAUUCUAUCGAUUCCUUCUUCCGCCCUCUCCGUCUCGUCAUUUGUUACUCUCUUGGCAUCUUCCGCGGCUGCCUCAUCCUUCGUGCACAUGCCUCUAGCGUCGCGGGACACUGCUGACACCGACGCAAGACCGCAUGCGCGUAGCUCUUCAGUGCAUAUGCAUGAGGAUUCAAAUGCCAGCACGCAAAACGACCAUACACAACCAAAGACAUUGAACGAAGGUGAAGCUGCAGUAGGCACCACGAGAGAGGCCGCAGAGGCAAAGAAGCAGAGCUCACAGCGGAACAAGGCAGCAACGAAGACAAAGAAGCGCAAAAAGAAGAAAAAGAAACAGGACAAGGAGGGUGGAAACCACGAAGCCCAGCUAAGCAAACAAAUUGAGUAUGCCCUAAGGCAACAAGUGUCUCUGGAUGAGGUGCAUUCAUAUGCGUAUUUGGUUGGGGGAUAUUACUUGUCUUCUGCCGCUGCAUCCCUGCCUCCCCCCGAGAGGGAAAAGCAGCUGGAUUCGUUGACCUCAUCCUUUACUGCUUUAGAAAAAGCAACCAGCAAAGAAGACAAGGAAAAAAAAGCUGGAGUGCUGGCAAAGCUGGCAGUUGCCGCUGCGGUUGUACCCCCACACCAAUACAUCUGGGUCUUGUAUGCUGGUAAGGCACGGAAGUGGCAGUGCAGGCACAAAUAUGUAUUGUGGCACGGUGCAAGUUUGUAA